AAUAUAGACAUAGAUAGCCUCGGCAUCCGCACGUGGGUUUACAGUCUCUUUCAUUACCCGCCAUCAGACAUAGACGUAGCGUUUCGAGGACCGAAGUCGAACCAUGCCGAAUCCACAAGUUUUCUUUGAUAUUACCAUCGGAGGCAGUCCAGCGGGACGUAUCUGCUUUGAGCUAUUUGAAGAUGUUGUUCCCAAGACAGCUGAGAACUUCCGGGCCCUAUGUACAGGAGAGAAAGGGUUUGGGUACAAGGACUGUGUGUUCCAUCGGAUCAUCCCAGGAUUCAUGAUCCAGGGUGGUGACUUCACUCGUGGUGAUGGAACUGGGGGCAAGAGCAUUUAUGGUGCUAAGUUUGCUGAUGAGAACUUCAAAAAGACACACACCGAGGCCGGUAUCCUGUCGAUGGCUAACGCUGGACCAAACACAAAUGGUUCUCAGUUCUUCAUUUGCACAGCCAAGACAUCUUGGUUAGAUGGAAAACAUGUGGUGUUUGGUAAAACUAUCAGUGGCAUGGAUGUUGUUAAAGCACUUGAAGAUACAGGUACCCAGGCUGGGAAGACAUCCAAGAAAUGUAUGAUUUCCAAUUGCGGAAUGCUUUGAGCCACGUUCAAUUUAAGAAUUGCGAAUGAACAUUCUGUUUGUCAUUGUUAUGGACCAAAGUGCUAAAGAAUCUUUCCGAGAGUUAAAAAUUAAUUUUGAGGUUGUCCAAAACAAUCUAAACUUAAACAGUAUGCUUUUACCGAGUACCUAAAAUUAAAUUUCCUAUGUGAUUGAAUUGACCAGCUUUCUUUUGCCAUCCUCAACGAAAUACCUACCUCCUUGAUUAUCUAGUGAACAUGUAAACAGCAUUUGAUGAUAUUGUGAUGACCUGUCCUUUCAGGAUGCAUUUUGUAGGGUUAGAACAAUGCAUUCCAAAUCAAAGAAUCUAAACAAUAAAUCCUCUAACUUUU